CGAGAGAGCAAGGUAUCCAGCCAGAAAGGCUACAACUUCUACAAGAUAUUACUGGAGCAUUUAGGCCUGGAAUUCUUACAGCUUUAAUGGGGGUUAGCGAUGCUGGGAAAACAACACUUAUGGAUGUUCUUUCUGGAAGAAAAACUGGUGGUGUUAUCGAAGGAGAUAUAAGAAUUGGAGGUCACCCUAAAGUCCAAGACACAUAUGCCAGAAUAUCAGGUUACUGCGAGCAAACUGACAUAAAUUCUCCACAAAUUACAAUAGAAGAAUCAGUGACAUUCUCAGCUUGGCUACGCUUGCCAUCUCACAUUGAUCGAAGAACAAAAUCUGAAUUUGUUGCUGAUGUUCUUCAAAUGAUUGAACUUGAAGAUAUUAAAGAUGAUUUAGUUGCUUAUCCUGGUGUGAGUGGUUUAUCAAAUGAGCAGCGUAAGAGGCUAACCAUAGCUAUAGAGCUUGUAUCAAAUCCAUCUAUAAUAUUCAUGGAUGAACCCACUUCUGGUCUAGAUGCCAGAGCAGCUGCAAUUGUCAUGCGAGUAGUGAAGAAUAUUGUUAAGACAAGGAGGUCAGUGGUGUGCACCAUUCACCAGCCAAGUAUUGACAUAUUUGAGGCAUUUGAUGAGGUAACUAAGUAGAACAAUUCGGUAUAUAAAAAUAAAAUUAGUCCUGUGAUAAAUUAUUAGCAUCACAAUAACAGUCACUUUGAUCCUCCAACAUCUCUAAAAUGCUAAAUAUGCAAACAGAUAGAGUCACCAUGGUACACCACAAAAAAAAAUAGAGAAGUUCGGUGCUUAAUUUUGGGAUAUUGUCCCCACACACUCUAGUGUUGUAUGAACAGCGUCAUGUAUAUCUUUAAACUGAAAAAGGUUGCUAGUUACAUGUUUCUAAUCACAAAAAAAUUAGUUGGUAGGGACAAUUUACUACAUGAGUCAACUUUUACCUCAACUAGUACUCAUUACAGUAUCUCCAGCUGAUUAAAUGAACAGAAAAUUAAUUCUGGACACGAUUAGAGGGUGAGCCUUGG